AUGGUGAUACCUUGCCCUAGACUGGACGGUGUGAAGGAGACGUGGCUCGCGGAAUGGUCUCACCUCGACGAGGAAGCCAAGAUCGAGGGCGCCGAUGGCGAAGCCCUCACCACCACCACCUCCGACAGCUCGCCAAGCAAUGGGCCGGCUGUAGUGGUAGCAGAAGCAGCAGCAGCAGCAACAAAAACACGGCCCGAGGGGAUCCUGGCCAAGCUGCGCCGCUACGAGGCCAUCCUGGACGCCAAGCUCGGCGUCGAGGCGCACGCCGUCGACCGCAAGCGGGCCGAGGACCGCGAUCCCAGCUUCGCGAGCUGGCACAACCAGGCCGUCAUGUUCCUGCUGUGGAUGAGCUCGACCCUCAAUUUAGGCUGCUUCGCCGUCGGGUUUUUGGGUAUGGAGAUGGGCCUGGACCUGCGGCGGACCCUGGUCAUCAUCGUCUUUGGCACCCUCGUCGGGAGCGCCGUCACUGGCUGGUGUGCCACCAUAGGCCCCAAGACGGGGCUCCGCCAGGUGUCCAUCUCGCGCUAUUCAAUGGGCUGGUGGCCGUCCAAGCUCAUCGCGGCGCUCAACGUCGUCGAGCAAGUCGGCUGGUCGGCCAUCGGGUCCAUCACGGGCGGGCUGGCGCUGUCAGCCGUGUCGGACGGCGGCGUGGGCUCGGCACUCGGCGUCGUCAUCGCGUCGGUGCUGGGCUUCGUCGUGUCCUUUGUCGGCCUCAAAGCCGUCUUCCAGUACGAGAAGUUUGCCGGCCUGCUGCUGGUCGUCGUCUUCGUCGUCAUGUACGCCGAGACGGGCCGCUUCGCCGACAUGGCCGCCACCACAGAGCUCCAGGGCCCCGCGCUCUCGGCCGCCACCCUCAGCUUGUUCUCCGUCGUCUACGGCUCGUCGGCCUCGUGGAGCUCCAUCGUAGCCGAUUACUACGUCGAGUAUCCCGUCGACACGUCGAGCCUCAAAGUCUUUGUCUUGACUACCCUAGGCAUAUGCCUCCCGACGGUUUUCGGAAUGUGUCUCGGCGCGGUCGUCGCGUCGGCGCUGCACAACCACCCGCGGUGGGAAGCGGCGUACGCAAAGGGCAUCGGGUUCCUUGUGCAGGCGGCGAUCCGGCCGACGGGGUUCGCCAAGCUGCUGCUCGUGCUACUGGCGCUGUCGGGCAUCGCGACCAACGCCGUGUCCAUCUACAGCGCCAGCCUCUCGAUGCAGCAGAUGGGCCGGCCGCUGGGCGUCGUGCCGCGCUUCUUCUGGACGUCGCUCAUGUUCGUCGCCGUCGUGCUGCUGUCGCUCGUCGGCCGCGACAAGUUCGUCGGUUUCCUCGAGAACUUCCUCUCGCUGCUCGGCUACUGGGUCACGUCCUUCUUCGUCAUCAUCUUCUGCGAGCACUACGUCUUCCGCCGCGGCAGCUACCAGCUCUACGACCUCGACGCCUGGAAUACGCCCAGCCUGAUGCCUGUGGGCCUCGCUGAGGGCUACGUGGGCGCGCUGGCCGCUCUGAUCGGCGACCCCAAGCACGGCGGCGACCUGGGCAACGAGCUGGCCUUUGUGUCCACCUUGGUCGUGUACGUGCCUGCACGGUGGCUCGAGUACCGCUUCCCGAAGCGGUGA